GUUUUAGACGUUGGCUUCUUUAUGAUGCGUUCAAUGACAAUCGGGAGCUCGAUUCUUUUAGUUCCUAUUUUUAACAUUCCUGUGGGUUAAAUGACUUUUAUCACGUCGUAGUCCGCCUUUCGAGGUUUAGUGAAUGUAGCCUCCAUAUUUGUUUCGUUUUCUCACGCAGGAAGCAGCACAAUAAAACGUCAGUAGCAGCACACGCGACUCUGUGCGAGUAUUUAUGUCCGUGAGAAGCUGACGGUCAGCUUACUAGACUGCAGCCAGAAAUAAGAACUGUCUCAUUUGGUGUGUUCGGUGUAUUGGCUACACAGGACACAGUCCUCUCUUGCCACUGUGCUGCUUGUUACCGGUCCAGAUAUCCCCUAGGUUUGGCAGCAGUAAUUACUGGGGUCUCGUCCAGGAUUUUGAGUUUCCUGUUAUGAGAGGUUGGCACUGAGACAACAGGACACGGUUGAUGAAACUUCAGGAAAGGCUGCUUUGAAUAUAUCAUCCAGUGACCUGAAGCAAUCUGUGAGACGUCAACAUGGCCAACAGCACUUUACGGCAAGAACUGAUAUUCAGCCUCCAGAAAAAGCUUUUUUCUUUGAGUAGAGAUCAACUACAGGUGAUUGCGUUUAUAAUUGACGAUGGUCCCGCGAAUAACGUUGAUGUUUUAAGUGUAACAGAACUGUACAACCUGAUUGAUGACUUCAUCAGAAGUGAAAAACUGAGCUCAUUGGAGGAUGAAGGCAUGACCCAGCUGCUUCUCUUGGAUGACCUUAUUAGUGACCUGCUGGCCUCUAAUGGUGGUGCAGCUGGAAAUGAUCCAAACUCACCUCUCAUAAGAACACAUGAUGCAUCAGGUUCUCCAGCAACAGCCGCCGCUGCUGCAACACCAGCAGAAUCACCUACAGAAAGAGAAAAUGAUCCUCAGAAGCAACAGGACCCACCAGCUCAGGACUCUGCUGAUAAAAAGUCACGAUCAGGACGCAGCAAUGGAAACUUCUUGUCAAAGCCAGCAGGAAAAAUUUUCAUAGCAGCAUCUGCAGUCUUGGGGGGAAUCGGUGCAGUGGCGCUGGCUCCUGUUGUUCUGGGGGCCGUUGGUUUCACCUCAGCUGGGAUAGCAGCGGGCUCCUUCGCUGCAAGCAUGAUGUCUGCUGCUGCCGUCGCCAACGGAGGAGGGGUGGCAGCAGGAAGCCUGGUGGCGAUUCUACAAUCUGCAGGUGCUGUUGGUCUCUCAGCAGCCGCCUCUACAGCUGUGGCUGGUGUUGGAGCUGGUGUUGGAGCUGGUAUUGGAGCCACUGCAGGGCUGCUGGCAGGCAGCACCAACAACCAAGAGGAGGUGAACAAAGAAGACAAAGAGAACAAGGAUAAGGAAGAGAAGAAUGACGGGGAGAACAAGGAUAAGGAAGAGAAGAGUGAGGAGGAAGAGAAGUCAGAGGGAGAGAACAAGAAAAAAUAGUAGAAGAAAAAAGGAUAAGAUAAAAGGAUCAUGAAAAAGGACAAUAACUAGAAAAAUGUACCUAUUCUUGUCCCCACAUUAAUAUUUUUUCCCACUUGCUAAUCUACAUCAAGUUGUCUCAGUAUUUACAGUCCAUCUUUACAUUUACCUCACUGGUUAUGUAAUUCAAGAGACCUCACACCACAUAACCUCUAAUAUUGUUGAAACACAACUGAUAAUCAUUUAACUAUGAAAUUAUUAGUAUAUUAUAUAAAUAACUACAGUUUUGCAUUAACAUGUUUUCUUGCCUUCAUGUUGGACUUUGUUUUAACUUAAUUUUAACUUAAUUCACUUGCUGUAAUAGUACUUGUUUUAACAAGAACUGAGACUAAAUGCCAAAAUCUACAGCAGUCAUCCUGUUUUGUUGCUUUUAAAUUUUAAAUUGUUUGCGGAAUAAACUUGUAAUUUUUAAAAUAUA